GAGUGUAUAUGGUGGGGAAGGCAAACUCAGUUUUUGAAGAUCUUUCAGUAACGUUACGACAGCUCCGAAAUCGCCUGUUUCAAGAAAACUCCGUGCUCAAUUCACUUCCCCUCAAUUCUCUGAGUAGGAACAAUGAAGUUGAUCUGCUCUUUCUUUCUGAACUGCAAGUUCUACAUGAUAUUUCAAGUUUGUUGUCUCGACAUAAGCAUCUAGCCAAGGAUCAUUCUCCUGAUUUGUAUUCACUGGAGCUGGCGGGUUUGGAUGAAAUUGGAAAACAUUACGGGCAAGACUCUGAACAAUUCAGAGAUGCUUCUAAGAUCCUUGUUGAUGCUCUGCAAAAGUUUGCAGAUGACAUGUAUAGUCUUUAUGGUGGGAAUGCAGUGGUAGAGCUAGUGACUGUCAGAUCAUUCGACACAUCACUUGUGAGGAAGACAAGGACUAUCCUUGAGGCAAAAGAACAGAAGAACCCACCAAAUCCCUAUAACCUUGCAUAUAAGUAUAAUUUGGAGUAUGCAGUGAUUUUCAACAUGGUACUUUGGAUAAUGAUCGCCUUGGCCUUGGCUGUGAUUAUCACCUCUUACAAUAUUUGGAACAUGGAUCCUGGAUAUGAUAGCAUCAUUUAUAGGAUGACAAACCAGAAGAUUCGAAUGGAUUGAAUUUUCCUUAUGCCUAACUUAGAAAAAGCAUUUGGAAAUUGGCUGUUUUGUUAAAAUAAAACUUUUAGUGGAGUUUAAAGUAGAUAGUAUACUUUAAAUUUUUUAAAAAGUAAAGUUUGUUCUCUAUUUUGUGUGUGCCUGUGAAGUUGUUCUAGAGUUAAUUAUAGUAUUGACCUUCAUUGAUUUGUGUGAUGUAGAUUCCAUAAUAUGCUCAAUUAUGAUAUAACCAUUUAAUACAAUUUCAUUCCAUUUAAUAUUUGGAAAUAAUGCACUGAAAUAAAUGUAAAACAUUUAGAAUAGCUUGUGUUAUUUAUGUUGGGAAAAUGCACUGAAUUUAUUAGAGAAACAUAUGAAUGCUUAAUUUCCUUACACAGGAUAGGUUAAAAUGAUAUUUGGGCAGUUAUAUACUAUGAACCAUUUGUAAAUGUCUUAAUUUGAUGUAAAUAUCUGAAACAAAAGGUUUCUAACUUAGAACAGCCCUAAAAUAUGAAUGUGCAUAUACAGUCACUUAGAUUAGAACUGCAUCUGAUUGACAGAGGAUAGCUGUUUUUUAACCUGUUUUGAAAGCUUGGUGAUCUGAAUGGUCUAGUGCGGAUAUUAAAAAUACUACAUUGAUCUAAGAAGAAACUAGCUUUGUGGAGUUAUAGAUGCUUAUAAUUAUACACACAAAAACAAAUAUUUGGGGGCUAUUUUGGGGCAUGGAUAUAAAAAUCUUUUUAUUUCAAUAACUUUUCCCCCUGUGUAAGUUACUACGGUUUGUGGUACAACAUCAUUCUAUAGAAUAUUAAGUGAAAGUAGAUGCUCCCUACUUUUCAUGUGGAAGUGGACCAAUGUCUAUAGAGUCACAAAUAAAGUUAAUGAUUCCAAA